AUGUCUCUGAACACAGUUUGGGAGGCAGCCUCUGCAACUCCAUUCACUCCUCUAAUUGACAAGGACAGCCAGUUCUCCGUUGGCUUCAAUUUGCUACUCCUCGCAUUGGUUACCGCCACUCUCUUUGGCCUGAAUCAAUCUUUCCUCGGCAUCGUGUCGUUGGGUUUCCCGGCCGCAUUGGCAUUUGGCUUUGGAGCUGUGUUUAUGAUCUGCGCUGCCGGAGUCUACGUCUAA